AUGUCAGUAGCCGACACCCUAGCAGAGGAGUCGCUGUCCUUCUGGGAGAAGGCUGCCACGGAAUGGGACACGAGCAUUGCCUUGGAGGGCAAUGACUACUGGACCUAUCUUCAGGAGCCCAUGCUCGCUCGACUCUGCAACGUCUGGUGGGGAGAAGAUCGAGCUCUCGAUCUAGCCACAGGCAAUGGUCUAGUAGCACGAUGGUUGAUACGACAGGGUGCGAACAGCGUAAUCGCUACCGAUGGCAGUAGGAAUAUGCUUGGGCUCGCGGAAAAUCGCACCAAUCAGGCGGAGCCUGGUGUUGCGGGAAAUUUGCGAUUCGAGCAACUCGAUCUGGUCAACGAUGCUGCAAUGCAUACCUUUGCAGCGAAGCAGGAUUUGUUCGACGUGAUCACGGUCAACAUGGCUCUCAUGGACAUUUCCGCGUUGCAGCCGUUGGCGAAAUUAGUCUCACGGUUGCUAAAGCCGGACAGUGGAAGGUUCGUAGCUACAUUGCUCCAUCCAAUCUUUUUCACAAGUGGGGCGAAACGGUGCGUUGAGAUCGACGAAGAUGAAGACGGUAAUCGCAGGAUCCACAGGUAUAUGAAAGCUGAGAAGUAUUUGACCGCCGAGGCACGCAAGGUAACGCUGAUGCUACCGAAGCCGGUUGAGUGCGGUGCACAGUUGAUGUUUCAUCGACCACUUCACGAGCUAUUCGCUCCCUUCUUCGCCGAAGGUCUCCUGCUCGACGCGCUAGAAGAGCCGAACUUUGACGCGUCUUUCGUUGACAAUAGCCGGCCCUGGGCUUCGAAAGGCUUUUUGGAGAUGCCCAAGCUGCUUGCCUUUCGAUUGCGCAAAGCUACUUCAGCGAAGUUUUAG